AUGAAGUCUGUGACCAAAGUCCUCCAAUGUUUGGUCAAAUCAGGACCCCAAGAGCUCAACUCUCAUGUCACGCACAAACCUACCCCCAGUAUCAAAAAACUUUCACCAAAUAGCCACAAGCGCAAAGAGCUCAUCAAUCUUCUACUAUGCAACAUAUGUUCGCCCACUUUCUCGCAGCAUCCGAUUAUACCCACCUUUGCAGACCUUGGGCGACCAAUUCAUAAUACUAUGGGCAGAUAUACAAUCUGUCUAACGACUGAGGAACAUCGUAUGAAUACAUAUGCUAAAUUCUUUGACAACCUUUUUUUUGCAAACAAGGUAAGGGAUUCCUGUAGCCUUCUGCGAAAAGACACGGGGGUAGAAAGUGGUACAUUCGGCGAAUUUGUGCAGUGGGAAGAGAAGCCGCAGGUUAUAUUUUACACCGAACUUGGUAAGAAGACGAGCUUGACAAACGAGAAAGAUAGGAAAGUCUUUUUGGAGAGACUAUUGGUUGGGAUGUGCUGGACGUUUUUGCAUAUCUAUGAGUGCAAGGAGACAUGUUGCUCGGAGUCACAAGAAGAGGGCGCUGAGCUGGAAAGACUAUUUGAAGAACUGUCUAGGGUAUCGGAGAAGGAUUUGGGUAUUCAGCUGGGGUUGAAAGGAAAGGAAGAGGACUUUGUGAGAAUAGGAACGUCCUCCUUUUCUCCUGCUCGCUAUGGUGCGACAAGGUUCUAUUAA